CGCCGCGCUGGCCCCUCGAGUCCCUCCCGGUCCUUUAAAUGCCGCGUGGGGAGGGUGACGGGCUGAGGGUAGUUGUUGGACUGGUGAGUUUUCCGGUGUUUGUGCUGUGUUCGGCGAGGAGGCACCCCGACACUCUUGACCCUCGCGCACCCAGUCGCCCUUCUCCUCCGCUCGUGUCCGCGGCGGACCAGGCCCACACUCAAGUGACCCCAAAUGCCCUUCAGUGGUGAGAAGCAGUGUGUGGGCGAGGACCAGCCCAGUGAUUCGGACUCUUCCCGGUUUUCCGAAAGCAUGGCUUCACUCAGUGACUGUGAGUGCUCCAGGCAGAGCUUUACAAGUGACUCCUCCAGCAAGUCCAGUUCCCCUGCUUCAACAAGCCCUCCCAGGGUUGUAACAUUUGAUGAAGUAAUGGCUGCAGCAAGGAACUUAUCGAACAUGACUCUUGCUCACGAAAUUGCUGUAAAUGAGAACUUUCAAUUAAAACAAGAUGCCUUCCCUGAGAACAGCUUGGCUGGUCAAGUGAAGCAUAUAGUCCACCAGGCCUUCUGGGACGUCUUGGAAUCAGAGCUGAGUGCUGAGCCUCCUGAGUAUGAACACGCCAUCAAACUGUUUGAAGAAAUCAGAGAGAUUCUUCUCUCUUUUCUGACUCCUGGUGGCAACCGGCUUCGCAACCAGAUAUGUGAAGUUUUGGACACAGACCUCAUUAGGCAGCAGGCUGAGCAUAGCACAGUCGACAUCCAAGGCCUGGCCAGCUAUGUCAUCAGCACAAUGGGAAAGCUAUGUGCUCCCGUGCGAGAUGAGGAUAUCAGGGAGUUAAAGGCCACUGGCAACAUCGUGGAGGGGCUGAGACAAAUAUUUCACGUCCUGAACCUCAUGAAAAUGGACAUGGUCAAUUUUACAAUUAGGAGUCUUAGGCCACAUCUUCAACGCCAGUUGGUGGAUUAUGAGAGAACCAAGUUCCAAGAAAUUUUAGAAGAAACUCCAAGUGCUCUUGAUCAAACUACAGAAUGGAUAAAAGAAUCUGUAGAUGAAGAACUACUUUCUCUUUCUGAGCCUGCUUUAACUCCUGGAGCAGAAAACAGCAAUAAGCCAAGCCUGAGCCCUACACUGGUGCUAAAUAACAGUUAUUUGAAACUGUUACAGUGGGAUUAUCAGAAAAAAGAAUUGCCAGAGACACUCAUGACAGAUGGAGCACGUCUUCAGGAAUUGACAGAAAAGCUGAAUCAAUUGAAAAUGAUUGCCUGCCUGUCCCUAAUUACCAACAACAUGGUAGGUGCUAUUACAGAAGGCCUACCUGAACUUGCAAACAGGUUAAAAAGGAUUUCAGCUGUUCUACUUGAAGGCAUGAACAAGGAAACCUUUAACUUGAAGGAAGUCCUGAAUUCUAUUGGUGUUCAGACUUGUAUUGAGGUUAACAAGACCCUGACGGAGAGAGGUUUAUGCAUUUUAAAUGCUGAGGUCCAAGCUAAUCUUGUGGGUCAGUUUUCAAGCAUUGAAGAAGAGGACAAUCCUAUCUGGUCCCUGAUUGAUAAACGAAUCCAACUGUACAUGAAAAGCCUACUUUGUCUUCCAAGUCCUCAAAAAUGCAUGCCUCCCAUGCCAGGAGGCCUUGCUGUCAUUCAGCAGGAGCUGGAAGUGCUAGGUGCUCAAUAUGCAAACAUUGUGAAUCUCAACAGACAAGUGUAUGGACCAUUUUAUGCAAGUAUACUUCGAAAGCUGCUCUUCAGUGAAGAAGCCAUGGGAAAGGCAGACAUUUCUUCACCUUCUAAUAACUAAAAAGGAACUGAUAUUGGAUAAGAGAUUGGAAAUCCAUCACUUCGGUACCAGUCUGUUUCCAUCAGUGGCAUUACUGAUGUGGCUGCACCUUCUCAGUCCUGUCCAUGGUGCAGUGCUAGCCCGAAUCUGGGUAACCCUGUUGUGAGCAUUGCAGAAGACACACACAUCAUAUUUAGAGUCUAUUUGUGCAUCAUCUUCAAGCUCAAAAGAGACAUUUUUAAUGAACAGAAAAUAAUUUGUAAUUAAUUAUAUUACCUAUAUAAUACUUUUUAAUGUUUUCUUAAGCAUUUGUAUCUGGCUUAUUCAUUCAAUUGCCUAAGGAGCUGUAUUUCCUCUCUUGUCACUAUCAAAUCUAAUGAUUUUAAUUUUGCUACAACUUCUUAAAGGGCUGAAACUUGUGAGAAUAACCAAGGUCAUUGAUGUUCUGAAUAACUGAUAUGAAGUAAGCAUAAUUGUAUUUGAAAUGUACAAUUAAAUUGUAUUAAUGUAUAAUAGAAACUUACAUAGUAAGUCUUCAGAUUCCACAAAUGUAUCAGUCACAUUUUGUAAUAUCAAUUGUCAGUAUUUGUUUAGAAUUUACAUUUAUAAAAUACAUUUUAAAACUAUAUACAGAUUUUAGAUAAAACUUCCCUUGUUCAUUUAGUGAAAAUAGAAACAAAUCCCUACUAGAAUUUACUCUGAAGGUUUGUUUCUGCUUGCAAUUUAUCCUGCACUCUGAGAGAAACAAUUUUCCCACAGAUCUCUUAGUGAAUGUCCUUGCAUUUCUCAGACCAUUGGUGAGGUUUAUAUAACAGUUUAAUAUUUUUACAUAAGGCAGGAGCAGUUUGAAUUGGUUUACUUGUCAAAAGAAGAGAUGUUAACAAUAAAACAAGAUCCCCCAAGAGAUCCCCAUUCUCAGCGAAGUUUACAUCUGAAAAAGAAAUUGUUGAACUUUGGAUUUUUAACCACAUAACUUUCUAGCAAAUGCCUUCUGUGUUUGUUAAAUUCUUACCCCUCUCUGACCAAGAUGCUCUUCUAAGUAUCAUCAUCAUCUUCUUAAGCAUCAAAUCAAAAUUUGCUGAGCUGACACUAGUUGUCAUUGGGCUUUUAGAGAAAUCUGCUUGUCCUGGAAUUACAUACUUCCUUUGAAGUCUUAAGGGAAAUACUGUUUGGUCAGUCAGUCUAGUAAGUGCUUUAUUUGCCUAAAACACAUUUUUGAUUGUUUUGUUCUCUAGGGACUCAUUGCACCUUAGUUUGGUGAGGAAGAGUGGGUAGAAAAUAAAAAAGAGUGCUCUUCUCUUCCUCACUGUCGUUUCCUUACCACGACAUCUGCUAUGAUGGUGCUACUUAAUUAUUUGAUAAAGUUCUGGGAAAUGAUUGUGUGAAUAAAUUAACCCCAAUCUUUCUUUACAUUUUGGAAGGGUCUGCCAAAAUCUGAGGGAAUUUUAAAAGUCUUUUUUUUUUCUUACAAAGACCAAUAACCAAUACAUAAAUCAGCCAUUCUAUCCAUUUAAGCAGCUGUAUGGACGUGGAGUGUUACAGAAGAGCGCAUCAGUUGUUUUUCCUCUUCCUCUGUUUCUGUUCUGCCCAUGCUUUCCUAGCUUAGAAACCAUAAGGUGCUGAAAAUUGUUUUUGUUUUUGCUUAAGUUGAAGUAGUUUUCAACUGUGUUUACUUUGGGGCAUGGGUGGAGGGAGGGUCUGACACAGAAAAGUAAUACGGAGUGUGAUUUUUCUUUUUUUGUCUUUUUCUGAGGUGAACUGUAUACCUAACAAGAAGACCAGGUGGUUCCCUUUUUAUUAUCAGAUUGGAAUCCAGCUGAUAUUCUUAUAUACUUGAUUAUAGUGCAGUUGCCUGCAGGAAAAUAAUGUGUAAACAUUUUUUAAAUGCACUUAAAAUGAACGGCAUUUUGCUGCUGUUUUUCUCUUAAGUGGCAAAGUAAAUCUCAGUGUCUUAUGUCUGCAUUUAGGCAACUACAUUUAUUGGGAUUUUAAAGUCAGAUCCCUUGGUAUGUUGUUUAUUUGUUUUUUUCUCAAAUGUUUACUUCUCUUUUUGAGGUUUUCUUAACAUGGUCUUGUUUUGUGAUGUCAAUUUUAUUAACCACCAUAUGCAUUUUCGUUCUGCUAAAGUAUAUUGUGUGCACUAGUUAAAUUUUAAAACAUUAAAAAUCAUCGCAAGAUA